CGUUCGGCGCCCAGUCGCCGGGCUUCUCCCGGCUCGGGUGGGAGCCGCGGCCUCCAUGUCCUUUCCUCGGUGUGCCCUGCUGUGGGCUCGGCUCCCGGCGGGGCGCGGGGCUGGGUCCCGGGCGGCCACCCGCUCCGCCCUUCGCGCGCUCGCGGGGCCUUUCCCCGGGGCUCCGGGACGCGUUCCCUGCCUCGCCGCCUCCUCCUCUGCCUCUGGGGGCUCCAAAGCCCCGAACACGUCCUUGUUCGUGCCGCUGACAGUGAAGCCUCAGGGUCCCAGCGCCGACGGCGACGUGGGUGCCGAGCUCACUCGGCCUCUGGACAAGAAUGAAGUAAAGAAGAUCUUAGACAAGUUUUAUAAGAGGCAAGAAAUUCAAAAACUGAGCGCUGACUAUGGACUUGAUGCCCGUCUCUUCCACCAAGCGUUCAUAAGCUUUAGAAAUUACAUUAUGCAGUCCCAUUCUCUGGAUGUGGACGUUCACAUUGUCUUGAAUGACAUCUGCUUCAGUGCAGCUCACGUGGACGACUUAUUUCCAUUUUUCUUGAGACAUGCCAAACAGAUCUUUCCUGUAUUGGAAUGCAAGGAUGACCUCCGUAAGAUCAGUGACUUGAGGAUACCACCCAACUGGUACCCAGAAGCCAGAGCCAUACAACGGAAGAUAAUAUUCCACUCGGGCCCCACCAACAGUGGAAAGACUUACCAUGCAAUCCAGAGAUACUUGUCAGCGAAAUCUGGAGUGUACUGUGGCCCUUUGAAACUGCUGGCACACGAGAUCUUUGAUAAGAGUAACGCUGCUGGUGUACCGUGUGACUUGGUGACAGGUGAAGAGCGGCAGACAGUUGAGCCUGAGGGGAAGCAAGCCAGCCAUGUCUCUUGUACUGUGGAGAUGUGCAGCGUUACAACUCCUUAUGAAGUGGCUGUGAUCGAUGAAAUUCAGAUGAUUAGAGACUCUGCCAGAGGAUGGGCCUGGACCAGAGCACUGCUAGGACUCUGUGCUGAAGAAGUCCAUUUGUGCGGAGAAUCUGCUGCUAUUGACCUGGUCACUGAGCUUCUGUACACAACUGGUGAGGAGGUAGAGGUUCACAAAUAUGAAAGGCUUACCCCCAUUUCCGUGCUGGAUCAUGCACUGGAGUCUUUAGAUAACCUUCAGCCUGGGGACUGCAUUGUCUGUUUUAGCAAGAAUGAUAUUUAUUCUGUGAGCCGACAGAUUGAAAUUCGGGGACUGGAAUCCGCUGUCAUAUAUGGCAGCCUCCCACCUGGGACCAAACUUGCUCAAGCACGAAAGUUUAAUGACCCCAGUGAUCCAUGCAAAAUCCUGGUAGCUACAGAUGCCAUUGGCAUGGGACUUAAUUUGAGCAUAAGGAGAAUUAUUUUUUACUCCCUUAUAAAGCCCAGCAUCAAUGAAAAGGGAGAGAAAGAGCUGGAGCCGAUCACCACCUCCCAAGCUCUGCAGAUCGCCGGCCGAGCCGGCAGGUUCAGCUCCCACUUUAAGGAGGGAGAGGUCACAACUAUGCACCGGGAGGACUUGGCUCUGCUGAAGGAGAUUCUGAACAGACCUGUGCCUCCUAUACAGGCAGCUGGUCUUCACCCCACUGCUGAGCAGAUCGAGAUGUUUGCCUACCAUCUCCCUGAGACAACGCUGUCCAAUCUCAUCGAUAUUUUUGUAGACUUUGCACAAGUUGAUGGGCAGUAUUUUGUCUGCAAUAUGGAUGAUUUUAAGUUCUCUGCAGAGUUGAUCCAGCAUAUUCCACUAAGUCUGCGGGUGAGGUAUGUGUUCUGCACAGCCCCCAUCAACAAGAAACAGCCUUUCGUCUGCUCGUCCCUGUUACAGUUUGCCAGGCAGUACAGCAGGAAUGAGCCCCUGACCUUUGCUUGGUUACGCCGGUACAUCAAGUGGCCUUUGCUUCCGCCUAAGAAUAUUAAAGACCUCAUGGACCUUGAAGCUGUGCAUGACGUCUUUGAUCUCUACCUGUGGCUAAGCUACCGAUUUAUGGAUAUGUUCCCGGACUCCAGCCUUGUUCGAAAUCUCCAGAAAGAACUGGAUGUCGUUAUCCAAGAUGGUGUGCACAACAUCACCAAACUGAUUAAAAUUUCUGAGUCACGCAAGCUUUUGAAGCUGGAGAGCCUAUCUUCAGGGAGCCAGUCAGCUCUGUCAGGAGCCUUAAAGAGCCCGGCAAGAAGGACACGUGCCACCAAGGGUGCUGGGGGUAAAGCGGCGGCAGAGGCACCCAGCCCCAGUGCCGGGGAGCUACCCCUCGCUUCCAGGCUGGUGCAGCAAGGACUCCUCACUGCAGACAUGCUGAAGCAGCUCCAGAAAGAGUGGCUGACUCAGCGGCCAGAGCAGGCCAGAGAGAAGGCCGGGACGAGAAGGAAGAAGAAGGACCCCACCUCUGAAUAGGUUUUUAACUGUGCAAAUAAAGUCGAUUUUAAAUCCUUAUGC